AAAUAUUUGCAAAAGUGCCGAUUAUUAAUUGUACGAAAUUAGGAAAUUUUAAGGAUUAAUUGUGUGAUAUUAUUAUGUAUUAAAUUAAUCAGUUAUUGAUUGCAAGUUAGCUGCAUCAUUAACAUUAAAAAAUAUUGAACGUAAAGCCGGUAUCUAGGAAAUAAUUUACAUUUUGUGUUUUUUAAAAUGGGUGAUACAAAGGCAUUUUUUCAUGUUUGGUGUUCGAAAACUAAAGUUGAGCCAAGUUUUGAUAUUCGACCUACAGGGCCUAAACAUCGUCAAAGAUUUCUAUGUGAAGUACGUGUAGAUGGACAUGAUUAUGUUGGUGCUGGCAAUUCAACAUCAAAAAAAGAUGCACAAGCUAAUGCUUGUAAAGAUUUUAUUAACUAUUUAGUGCGACAAGGAAUUUUGAAUCGUAAAGAUGUACCUGAUGAAGUUAUGGAAAGUGUGGCACCAGCAUCUUCUAUUCAACCACCACCACUGUUAUCUGAUGAUGGUGGUAAUAGAGUUGAAGUAUUUCAACCAGGAAUGGGACCAAAUCAAUUGGGGGAAGCGUAUCGUCCUUAUCAAAGAGACGGUAAUUAUGAUCGUGGUAGUUAUUCAUAUAUGGAUCGAGUUCAACAACAGCAAAGACUUGAAGAAGCUGAAGAUUUGGAUGUAAAUGCACAGAUACAUGGAAAUUGGACAAUUGAAAAUGCUAAAUCAAAAUUACAUCAAUUUAUGCAGAGUAAUAAAAUUAAUGCUGAUUAUAGGUACACACCUGUUGGGCCAAAUCAUACAAGGAGUUUUGUAGCUGAAUUGAGCUUCUACGUAAAACAGCUCGGUAGAACUGUUACAGCACGAGAAACUGGCUCAAAUAAGCAAACGGCUAGUAAAUCGUGUGCUUUAUCGUUAGUACGUCAAUUAUUCCAUCUUGGUGUCAUUGAAGCAUUUUCUGGUACAUUAAAAAAGGAACGAACUGGUGAUCAAAUGGUACCAUUCGAAGUUGCUGUAAAUCCAGAUUUAGUUAAUCAAGUGUCGCGCGUAUUAGAGGCUUUGCAAAUUGAUCCAGUUCAAGUAUCACAGGAAUCAAAUGAAUCAACUUCAUUGUUAAGUUCACAUGUUUUGGAUGAUUUUAUGGCAAAUAAGCCACAACCAGCUGGUGUAGUACCAUGGUCCCCACCCCAACCAAAUUGGAAUCCAUGGACCGGAUGUAAUAUUGAUGAAGGGCCGUUAGCAAAUGCAACGUUGGACCAACUUAGUGAUCAAUUAUUAAGUGAAUCUCGAGAUAAAUUACAAAAUAAUGCAGCGUUACAAGCAUCCAUAAAAGGGCGAGCUAAUUUACCUGUACACAAUUCAAGAAAAGCCAUUAUGGAAACAAUUAAUGAACAUCCUGUUAUUAUUAUCCGCGGUAACACUGGUUGCGGUAAAACAACACAAGUAUGCCAAUUUAUUUUGGAUGAUUACAUUGCAUCUGGUCAAGGUGCAUGGUGUAAUGUUGCUGUAACACAGCCACGUCGUAUAUCAGCUGUGUCAGUAGCUGAGCGUAUCGCUAAUGAACGUUGUGAGGAAAUUGGACAAUCGGUUGGAUAUUCUGUACGCUUUGAAUCUGUAUUACCAAGGCCAUACGGUUCAAUUAUGUUCUGCACAAUUGGUGUGCUCUUACGUAAACUUGAAAAUGGUUUACGAGGUGUUUCUCAUGUUAUUGUCGAUGAAAUUCAUGAACGUGAUGUCAACAGUGAUUUUAUCAUGGUCGUAUUACGUGAUAUGAUUCACACAUACCCAGAUUUACGUGUAAUAUUGAUGUCAGCAACAAUUGAUACAACAUUAUUCUCAAAAUAUUUCAAUGAUUGUCCAGUAAUUGAAAUACCUGGUAGAGCAUAUCCUGUUCAACAAUAUUUCUUAGAAGAUUGUGUUGAAUUAACCAAUUUUGUACCUAGUUUGGAAAAUUCUAGAAAACGUAAAGGUGGUGGAGGUGGUGGCGAUGACGAUGAUGAAGGUGGAAAUCCAGAAGAUGCAGAUGAAAAUUUAAAUAAAGUAAUCAGUGGUGAUUAUUCACCAAGAACACGUAAUGCAAUGGCACAGUUAAGUGAAAAAGAAAUAAGCUUUGAAUUAUUCGAAGCUUUAUUAGUGUACAUAAAAGGGUUAAAUAUACCUGGAGCAGUUCUUGUAUUUUUACCUGGUUGGAAUUUAAUUUUUGCCAUGUCCAAACAUCUUUCACAACAUCCAGUAUUUGGUACUUCAAAAUACACAAUUAUUCCAUUACAUUCUCAGUUACCUAGAGAAGAUCAACGUAAAGUAUUUGAUCCUGUACCUCCAAAUGUUACAAAGAUAAUUUUAUCAACAAAUAUUGCUGAAACAUCCAUAACAAUUGAUGAUGUCGUAUUCGUAAUUGAUAGUUGUAAAGCAAAAAUGAAACAUUUUACAUCACAUAAUAAUAUGACAAGUUAUGCAACUGUAUGGGCAUCAAGAACAAAUUUGGAACAACGUAAAGGUCGUGCUGGUCGUGUUCGACCUGGUAUGUGUUUCCAUUUAUGUUCACGUGCACGAUUUGAAAAAUUAGAAGAACAUAUGACACCGGAAAUGUUUAGAACACCACUACAUGAACUCGCACUUAGUAUUAAAUUAUUACGUUUGGGUGCAAUUGGACAAUUUUUAAGUAAAGCUAUUGAACCACCGCCAUUGGAUGCUGUCAUCGAAGCUGAGGUUAUGCUUCGUGAAAUGAAAUGCUUAGAUUCAAAUGAUGAAUUAACCCCAUUGGGAAGAAUUUUGGCUAAAUUACCAAUUGAUCCACGUUUGGGAAAAAUGAUGGUUUUAGGUUGUAUUUUUAUGUGUGGUGAUGCAUUAUCAACAAUGGCAGCAAAUUCUAGUACAUUCCCUGAAAUAUUUGUAAUGGAACCACGUCAAAGACGUUUAAGUUAUCAUCAAAGAGCGUUAGCUGGUGGACGAAAUUCUGAUCAUGUGGCCAUGCUUAUUGGAUUUCAGUUAUGGGAACAAGCGAGACAAAAUGGAGAAGCAUCUGAACAACAAUUUUGUGAAUAUAAAGGCUUAAGUAUGCCAACAUUACGAGUAACAUGGGAAGCUAAAAAUCAAUUACAACAAUUACUUGUUUCCAUUGGAUUCCCAGAAGAAUCGAUGACUAUACAAUUUUUAGAUGCAGUUGGACCAGAUCCAAAAUUAGACAUGGUUAUGGCAUUAAUGUGUAUGGGAUUAUAUCCAAAUGUGUGUUAUCAUAAAGAAAAACGAAAGGUUUUAACAACUGAAAGUAAAGCUGCACUUAUACAUAAAACAUCAGUAAAUUGUAACAAUACUGAACAAAAAUUCCCCUAUCCAUUCUUUGUGUUUGGUGAAAAAAUACGGACACGUGCAGUUUCAUGUAAACAAAUGUCCAUGGUUACACCAAUUCAUCUUUUACUAUUUGGAUCACGAAAAGUUGAUUGGGUUGAUGGGAGUGUACGUCUUGACAAUUGGAUUAAUUUAAAAAUGGAUCCAAAUGUAGCAGCAAAAAUUGUUGCAUUACGACCAGCAUUAGAAAGUUUAGUAAUUCGUGCAUCAAAGGAUCCAGAGCAAGUGCGUGAACCAAGUGAAGUUGAUGCCAAGGUACUAAAUGUAAUUCGUGAAUUAUGUAAAUUACAUGCGGGUAGUUUUAAUAUAGAACGAGAAUCAUCUGGUACUCCAGCCUUCAUUUCCAGACGACCUCCACGAGGCCAUUCAACUGGAGAUGGUGGUCCAGCUAAAUUUGGCCGAUUUGGAAAUGGUAAUCAAUCGGGUGGUUUCGGUAAUAAUAGAGGAUUUGGUGGUGGCCGAGGUGGUUUUAAUAGAGGUGGUGGCUAUGGUGGUAACCGUUUUGGUAAUCGUGGCGGUUUUAGAAGUGGUAAUAGAUGGUAAUUGUUACCAAAAAUAUAAGAUAAUUAACUUUGAAUUGAUUAAAUUAGUGAAUUAAAUGCAUUUUCAAUCUUGAAUUAAUUUUAAUAAGUCAAUAGACAAAAAUGUAUACUUUAUUAACUAUGAUACGAUCUUAUUUAAAUACAAGCUAAAAUUUGAAGUGAAGGCAGCUCUUAUCGAAUCUACGCAUGACAUACAUAUUAAAAAAUAUGAAAAUUUUAGAUAAUUAUAAAACUUUCCAAUGGUAUUUAAACAAUUUUAUCAUGAAAUACUCAACAUUAAGAGUAUCAUAGAAUCAAACAAUCGUGUUUUUUUUUUUUGCGUACGUACAUUCAGAAAAAAUGUAUUUUUGCAUACCAUUGUAUUAAAAUUGUAUCGGGAAUUAUUAAACUUAUAAUUUUCAUUCAAUUAUCAAUAUUUAAAUUUUUGCCUUUAAAUUAGGCUUCCCUUGUUGCAACAACCUAUAAGCCAGUGUCUUCAAAAAAAUGCCGGCGUUUCCAGUACGGUAGUAGUUGAAAAAAUGACAUUUGUCACAUUUAUGCUUACAUUAUUUCGUUGUAAAAAUCGUUACGCACUACUUAGUUGUAUUAAUUUAACCAGAAUCAUCUAGGUUAGGCUUGGGCCCGUGAAGUCUGAGUCUAGGACGGAAACAUUUAAAAACACCAUCAAAUCCGUUACUGGAAACACCAACUUAUUAUUAAUUAACAAUGGCUUUUUUAAAUUGCAAAUUUCCGAUACUUUUUUGGCAUUGUUGUUUUAAAAAAAAACUAAAAACACAUUUGAUAAGAAAUUCAUCACUAUAAACAGUAUUAUUUCGUGGCAAGGUCUGCCUUUACUAUCAUAGUAUGUUUGACAAAGGAGAAAACGUUCAAAAAACAUGUAAACCCUUUUUUGUUAAUUUUAGAUCCAUUUAUUCUUUUAGAAUUUAUAUUGACAAAUCCUUUUUGCUGUGAGGAUGUAGUUUUUUUUUUUAUAGUUGUACUAAAUUUUUAUUUUAUUAAUUCAUUUUGGAUCGAAAAGGCUAAAUUAAAUAUCUAUUUACGUGUAUUUAUUUGAACGCUCUCAAUCUUUGAUUUUUAUAUAUGAUUA